AUGAAUCCACCCACUUCUGGGAGCAUUCCGCUCCAGGAGUAUCGGCGGGACAUUCCGCCGGGCUGGAUUCCAGGUGAUGCUUCGUAUCCCUUGAGGACCUACUUCGACAAGCUGAAGCUUUGGUACCGGAUCGCCAAUGUGGAGGAUGAAGCCAUCGGUCCACUGGUGGCUGGACGACUCUAUGGUCGAGCAUCCACGAUCGCCAUGUCUUUGAGAGUGCCAAGGCCAGACGGCACCUUCGAUGUCGGCGAUGCAGCGUUGGUUCGACUAGCUGUGGAUGAAGUCCGCGACCCAGCGACCAAUGUGAUCAUCCAGAACCACAUCCCCUCAGGAGUGCAAUUCCUGGCCAACGCACUCCGCACGGCGUUCGGUCAGCAAGAUCAAGAUCUGGCGACACAAGCACUGGACAAGUUCUUUGGCCUUGCAAGAGGAAAGCUCAGCCUGUCCGAAUACAGCGUCGAGUUCGACAGCCGGUACGAUGAUGCUCAUGAUAGAGCUGGACUGCAGUUGAACGAUGUUGGCAAGUUCUUCCUAUGGUUCAAGAACUCUGGCUUGCCAUCCAAGACGGUUGAUGACAUCAAACUGCAGGUUGCUGGCGACUAUACUCGCUUCAACGACGCUCGAGCUCUGGCAUUGCGCAUCAACCCUAAUCGGCGAGAACCUGAUGACGCCCAGAUCCUCUAUGAAGAGAAUGAUGAGUCCUAUGGCGACUACGACGCCUACUACCAGGACUGGGGCGAUGAUUAUGAGGCCGAGGAUUCAUGGUGGUAUGGCUAUGAAGAGGCCGAUGAAGGUGAAUGGGUCUAUGAGGAGUACGCCAACGACGAGAACUACUAUGAGAACCAUGAUGCCAGCGAUGAGUCAUGGCAAGAGGUGGACCUUGAGGCUGGCAUGACAUCUGGUUCAGCAAGCGACUCCAAUGUCUCGGGCGAGUACAACGAAGCCUAUUACAAAGGAAAAGGCAAUGGCAGUGAUGAUGGCUGCUUCAACUGUGGCAGCAAGUUCCACCGAGUUCGAGAUUGUCCACUUGGCAAGGGCAAGAACAAGAAGGGCAGCCACAACUACAAAGGAAAAGGAAAGUCAAAAGGCUUCUGGAGAUGGCGACCCAACUUCAAAGGAAAGAGCAAAGGCAAGAGCAAGCAUCCUUGGAGAAGCAAAGGCAAAGGAAAAGGAAAAGGCUUUGGUCGAAAAGGCCACUACUACGCCUAUCAGGAGGAGGACAACUACAAGCCUCGUGGUGGUCUGUCGAUCAGCGAAGGCAUUCCUGAUGCCUCAACUCCGCAAGAAGUUGCCACAAGCUCCAAGGAGGUCAAGACGACCAAGAAGACCGAGAGCUUCGUGAUCCACACGUCAUCUGAGGAUGAGGACUUCAAGAAGCCAACUGAGGGAUAUUCAGGUCAGCCUGAGUAUACUACGAAGGAUCACUAUGACAAGAAGCUCAAGAUGAACUUCAUGGUCUUCAACAUGAAGAAAGAAGAGACACAGAUGAGCUACCAUACCAUCCAUGGGCAAGAACGCUAUGGUUUGCUCAUUGAUCCCGGAGCUGCAUCCGGGCUGGUUGGUAGCGAGACCCUCAGGAUGCUCAAGAGUUGCUCCAUGGGCGAGAUGGAGAUCAACCGCAACAAGAUCACUCCAGUUUCCGGCAUUUCAGGAAACAGCGAGUCAACUCUCGGAGAGGUCACGUUGACCAUGGCGACCGCAGGACAACCCAUCACCUACACGGCGGAGGUCAUUGGUGGAGCUGGAAGCCUAUGCCCAGCACUGGUUGGCAACCCGACUCUUCGUCGAUUGGGUGCAUCGAUCUUGACAGAUUGGUUCGAGAAUGGUGAUGGCAUGCUUGUUCUGAACACCAAGGACGCCAUGGAUGCAGAGGUUAAUCACGUGAAGUUCUUCAGGAUCCUGCUCACAGAUUCUGGACACUACAUCCUGCCUUGUGACAACGUUCAGAACGAGAAGGUUCCAAGAGCUUCGAAGCACGAGGCCAUCGCUUUCUUCCAGAAGAUCACCGAGAUCACUUCGAAAGUUUGGCCUGACGUGCAACCACGGGUCAGACACUGCUUCCAUUCCCAGACGGCGGCAGAGGAUGACCGGUGUGAUUACAAUCGUGAACAUGAACGAGACAAAGGCCCAAUGAAGAGCCAAGAUCAUGAUGUUGGUUGUGAUCAUCUGGCUUGCGAGAAUGGAGAAGAAGAUGAACUACGGAAUCCUGUUCCCUCUAGGAAGAUUCACUUCAUCGAUGAGGAACAGCAGAAGAAGUCCGAGGAGCCCUACGACCUCAUGAACAGCGAGAAGAACAAGAGCCUAUCACCAAUUGCAGAAGAGCGCGACUCCGAGGACGAAGUUUCACCAUCAGCCAUUUUGGCAGAGCAGUGCAUGAAGAACGACAAGAGCAAAGAGCCUGCGAAGAAUUCAAACCACUUGAUCAACGAGCACCCUGCCGGACCUGCCAUUUUGGCCCCGGCAAUUCAUGAUGAACAAGGCCUACGUGAGGCAAGCUAUGAUGAAGAAAAGAACGUCUUCCUCAGCUACACUGGCGACAUGAUCCCCGAGACGGCAGAUCAAUUGCGGCAUCUACGAAAGAUCCUGAUGAGAAGAUGUGUGAACGUCUACAAGAUAGACCAGCACUACAACUAUGUCAAGAUCUUUCUGCACGACAAGAUGCCAAUGGCCAAGAAGCUCGAAGCGGAGAUGGACGCCAUGAAGAAGUGGAAGCAAGAGGCCGAGGCGGAGCUCUAUGAGGGCGUGGAGAUCAAGAAUUUUACCAGCAAAGCGCUCUCCGUGCCAACCACACACAUGCUCAAGAAGCUCCUCCUCGAAACCAUCAAUGCCACUAUGGGUGUCUUCAAUGAAGCAGCAAGGAGAAAGAUCGACUAUGUUCACUGGCUGGACAAUCCUAUGCUCAUGAGCCUCUUUAAGGAGUUCUUCAAGGACCUGAUCCAAGUCAAAGGAGUGAAGAUUGAACUCCGACCUUUCCAUCUUGCAUCAGCAGAGCCGAAGCUUCCAUUGACAUCAUCAUACCUACGGAUGCAAGUGAGAGGCAAUGUGAAAGCAUGGGACAUUCACCCUCCAGAAGAUUUGCGAGAGAUGAGUUUCAGCCAGAUCAACGCAGCACUCGACGAGGAUGACUGGGCAAUCACCAUCUAUGGAGUGGAGCACGAUAUGGCACCUUCGCCAUCAACACCAGCAUCAAGGCCAAGAACAAGACCUGAUGAACCUGGUAUCGUGCAGCCUGCCCAGAACCUCGACGAGAUGGAUGAGAAGAGCAUAGCUGAUCUCAAGAGAGAAGUUGAUGAGAUUUGUACAGAAUACAAGACGAACAUCUAUGGUUGGCUGAAGAGAAAUGGCAAGUGGCGAUUCUUCCCUCGUGAGGAUGAUCAUGCAACGAAGAUCAUGUUGUGGGUGCAGCACAUCUACAAAGGUUUGAGCAAGCAUCAAGUCCAUGGAGCUCUACUUGGACGAAGCUUGCGGAACAUCAAGCCUCCAUCGAACACAGUUGGUCAUCUCAUCUCAUGGAUUCAUGGAGGACAAGGCUACGCCGUGCAAGAGCACUUCUCCGACGGAUUCUUGAAGAUGAAGAGGGUUUCCAACUACUCUCGUGAAGAGAUGUGCACCAUCUACUUGUUCCACUAUCAUUCUGAUCCUGUGGAAGAGCCAGCAAGUCAGUCGACCAUCAACAAGGAUGACGACAAGAUGGACGUCAACGUUCCCGAUGACAGAGACGGCUACAUGAUCAGCCAGCAGGAGUUUUCAGAAAAGAUUACACCUGCACCUGUCCCUGCAAGAGAAGAUGAUUCCAGAUUGACACCAGCAGAAGUCUCAGAUCUGCGAUCCAUCUUAGGAGCACUUCUUUGGGUGACAGCGACACGGCUGGAUGUGAUUGCGGAUGUUUCAGCACUACAAUCACGAGUGACAGUAGCAGAGGUCAAGGAUUUGAAGCAAGCAAACAAUGUGCUCAUGAAGGUGAAGGAGUUUGCAGAUGUUGGUUUGCACUACCGCUACUUCAGGACAAAGCAUCGACGACUAGUUUGCUUUCAUGAUGCUUCGGCAGCCAGCAAGGGCCGGAACUAUGCCCAGGAAGGUGUAGUCAUUGCUUUGGCCGAUGACGAAUGGCGGAACAUCACGAUCGACUUUGAGCACACCUGCGAGACUGAGGAGCAUGAACUCAUGCAUGGAGGAGUAAUGCAUGUUUUGCAUUCACAUGGAGCAAAAGCCAAGAGGGUGAGCUACAGCACAUCACAUGGUGAGACACUAGCCAUGGUGAACGCCUUGGAAUCUGCAACAUUGUGUAUGAUCAGGCUCAGCGAGAUGCUCCAUCCUCAACAUCCUCCAUCGUUGAAGGACCUCAUCAAGAUCCAGACAGCUGGAAAUCCAGAGAUGCCUUUGGACAUGUAUGGAGAUGCUCGAGAUGUCUAUGAGCUCAUCACAGGCAGCAAGACGAUGCCUCAGGACAAGACACAGCGGCUCUACGUUUUGUCCAUAAAGGAAGCACGACUGGAUGGCAGAGUUCGAAUGGUGACGUUAGUACCAACGAACUACAUGCUUGCCGAUUCCCUCACCAAGUCCAUGGUCCAUGAAAUGAUGCUGAUGUUGUUGACAACAGGUUUAAUCAGACUGCAUGGAGUGGAGAAGCACCCAAUUGUGACAAGGGUUCUUCCGACCAUCGACUUUGACGAGCACGACCUCAUGCUGAAGGACGAGGAGAUGAUCCUGAAGGCAGAGAAGGAUAAGAGCAUGGUGCGAACGACACAUGCUUCAGUGCUUGUGGGACUGGCAGCGUUUGCCACUUCCAAGAAGAUGCUGGCGGCAAUGAUGCCGACUUUGGCAUUUGGAACUUUGGUGGAUGCGCAAUCCACUGAACCGGAGAAUCAAGAGCAGAAGAGCUACUUCUCCGUGUACCUCAUGAUUUUCAUCACGGUGAUUUUGGCGGUGAUGCUUGAGAGAAUGGUGACAAGUUGGAUGAGCAAGAAGAGAAGAAUCCAACCUGUGAAGAUCGAGUCCGACGACGAUGACGACAUGGAUGUCGAUCAAGAAGGAGAUCAACCAUCAUCCUCAGGAGCAUCCUUCCAGCGGAAGAGGAAAGCAAGUCCUCGAGACACAUGGGAAGACCUUGCACGAAAGGUCAUUGACGAGAAGGAGACGCUGAAGCGAAAGAACAAGAAAAGCGAAGAAGAUGCACACCUACAGCAACAGGAGAUCGACAGCCUCAAGUUUGACAAUGAAUGGUGGAAAGACAAAUAUGAGAAGCUUGAGGAGAAGUACGAUGACAAGGACUUCGAGCUGAAGAAUCUCAAGAAUGACAUGACAGUGAUCAAUGCAAGGAAAAUGGUGCUCGAAUCUACGGUCAGCGACAUGAGAGCUGGACUAGUGAAGCUUGAAGACGAGAAUGCCGAAUUGAAGAUGAAGCUGGACAGAAAGACAGCAGCAUCAUCGGAGAGACCAGCGCCGUUGACACCAAGGAUCACUGACAAUGCCGAGAUGGCCGGCGAGAUCGAGAAGCUGCAGAAGAUGGUCAAGUUCAAAGACCACGAGAUCAUGAGACACCUGGCUCGCAUCAAGAGCUUGGAGCUGCCGGAAGCCAUCUUCAUCACGAAGACUGGCAAGAAGUUCCAUCGAGAAGGAUGUCCACAUCUGAGAGAGGGAGAACAUGCCUUACUGAAGCAUGGUGCCGAUGCGGAUGAUGGUGGUGACAAGGUGUGUGAUACCCUCCUGAAGUACAACGCCAACGUGCAGGGCUUCUCUGGGGAUGGGCGCUACGAGAGGAGCGCUUUGCAAGAGGCAGCAGAGCAGGCGCUACGAGAGGAGCCGGAAUGAUCGCAACCUCGGGUUCGGUACGACUGGCCGGACCCGACUGGCUGGCACCGUCUCAUUGUCUCCUUCACCGGGUCAGUUCGGGAUGACUGGAGCCCUAAAGAAUGAGAAGCUGGAUGUGUUGCAGUCAAGCUUCGAUGCUGCAAGGGCUGGGGCUAAGCUGCUGCACAUGAGCUGUAAGCCUUCCAAGUCCUGUGGAGGAUGUGGAGGACCAUUUGUUGUAGACACGGUCUCCGUGUGGACACGGUCUCCAUAGGGUUGUCAUGGCGUCCGGAGACACCGGUUGACCCGGAAGGUCAGGGGCUCCAAGUUUGGAGCCAUCCCCCAUAUGCUGCCGACACGGAGACCCCUGAAAUCAACCACCCCAUUUGGGUCACCCGGAUUCUCACUUCUUUGACCCUUCUACCACAUCCCGGAGAUUGUGGUGGGCUUUGUGCCCAAACCAACGUCGUCUGACUUCUCCCACGUCCCGGAAGGCUGCAACAGAUUGCAACCACGCCCCUCCACCGAGCAUAGCGUCCUUGUUACUACCAUGGCUGCUGUAUUUGGG